CCCCAUUCCGUAGCCAUUUUGGCUCAAGCCAUUUUGGCUCGAGCCGCACAGGCCACAGGCCGAGCCCCGGCCGCGCCCCGCGAGUGCCACCCCGCCCAGCCGUGUGCCAUAUUAAGCUUUUGACGUAAGCGCAGGAUUUCAUUGUGUUGCUGCGCGGGUGCGCACUCAGCACUGCGCUGGCCCCCUAGAUACCGCUGGCACAAUGCAGUCGAGGAAUUUGAAAACCUGCAGGCCUCUCCUUCGCCAGAAGACAUGAUGCCGCAGAACAAAUCGUCUCGUGCCCGCUUUGCUGCAAUAUGCUCUUGCACCUCGUGUUGUUUUCUGCUUCUUCCCUUGGGUAUAUUCAUCAUCUUCCCUCUUAUCAGUUCUCCUGGGUAUCUUCUUGGCGGAGGCGAUUCAGAUGAUACUGGGGAAGACCAUCCAUAUUUAACCAUCGACGCAUGGAAUCGCAUUAAAGUUGAACCGCACAUCAUGACGCGGGGCUUUCCGUACGAGCAGCUGUACGUCAUCGAAAAUUGGGGCAGUGCCAAAGAUUGGAAGUCAAAUGGCACUCAUGUCUACGUUCCAUAUGACAACGGAACAAAUCCCAUCCAGGCCAAGUAUAUCGUAGACAGGCAUGCCGAGGGAGAUUUCGAGAUAGGUAUUUCAAUCCAAACGAUGAGCUGCAACAUGUUUGGAGCAAUCUCCCCAACAAUCAAGCUCGGGACAGCGGAAAAGAUGCACGUCUUUAAAACCGGCCAGGCGCUUGAUUCACGUAUUUUUGAUUCGGCACGCGCCGACGUACAUAAUCAGUGGCGCUUGACCAGAUGGAUCGCAAGCACAUUUGUGGCGCCCCGGAGGUAUUUAACGUGCCUUUUUUACAUGGCGAACAUGGUGGGAUUACAGAUGCGUGAGAUUGGUGCUAUGGAUGCCCACCAGCUUCAGCCAGUGUGGGACUUCGGCAAGCAGGCAACAAACAAGACGAGCAAUAUCACAAAGAACAUCUCAAAGAUGCGCGCGCAACUUUCAUCUUGGUUUGAAGAAGCCAAAGCGUCUGACAUGAACUUUUCGGAGCCCCUCGCCUCGAGGGCGACUUGUAUGCAUUGGGACGACACUCGGAUAACAAGGUACGGUGCUGCCGGAAUGUGGGUGCCUCUGGAUACAACGUUUACGGCCUACCGUGGCCAAGUCAUCACAGCUCCGUUCUUGGCUUGGGAAGUCAUGGCUGGCGUGACAGUGUGGCACUACAGCAACCACAGGAAAAUCUGAUAUCAGCGUCCCGUGGCGAUUCUGUCAAACCUUCUGUGUUUAUCGGUCCUCCAAAUGGGGAUUCGAUCAAGGUCAUUCCUCCUGCCCGGAAAGAAGUCCGAGGCAGGUCGCUCCUCUUGCAUGCGCUUUACAGAGCCAUCAAUUUGAUCCCAUCCGACUACAGCUUUUUUGACGUGGAUCCAGAAGCCUUGUGCCCAAAAUCGCUUUAUGACAGGUUGCACGCGCGCAUAUCGAGCAUCGACUUUCAGAAGUUCACUCUCGGUGUCCACAAUUCGCAUCCUCCACCAACCUUUUUUGAAAAAUCUUUACGCUUCGCGUAGAGAAAGCUCGCUAAACCACUCACGCCCAAAGGGCUGGUGGGAUUGGGGUUGCUGAGCCUCGUCAUGGACUACAACAAAUGCGCAGCAAAUUUCUUGCGUCCAUGGCAAACCAUGGCCACAUAUUAUGAAAUGUCUACCGUCUCUCAGGCUGCUCAUGGUCUGUUGGGGGUUCCACCAUCGAUAGUGAU